AUGGUCUGUUUAAGAUUUGGCGGUUUUGAAGGCGAGGAGUGGAAGUAUGGGGAAGAUCUUGGUGAGGUGCUCAUCGUCAUCGAUAAUGUAUUGAAACCAGCGAAGAACAUGAUGAUUGUGCAAAAACAAGAUUUAAUUCCUUUUCUCAUUUCCUUUAUAGCUGUGGCACAGUCUUUGCCCACAAAUUCUGGGCAGCCUUUGCCAACGCCACCAUCUGCUACUCACUGUGGUAUGAGGCUGAACUCUGGGCUUUUGCAAGUGACAUCUCAGAACAGCCUUGGACCUGGGGUUCCUGCAGUGACAGCCAGUCAGAGUGACCGGACUAUGGGAAUGUACCCGAGUAAUCCCAGCAACCAACAAAACAUGUACAUACCAUCAUCUGGCAUCAACAUGCCUCUCCGUCCAAGUCAAAAUGCUUUGGGAAUGAGGUCAACCAGCCAGGCAGUGCCAAGCCAGGCUAUAAUUCGCCAAAGGACAGCAGUCUCGGGGUUUACUGGCUCUGUACCAAACCCUGCUGUACCUCCCCAACACAUCAGACAAUCCAUAAACCAGGCAGGAGCCAGUAUUCCUGUCCAAGGAAUCUCAAAUUCAUUGGCCACUUCAGGCAUGGCUUCUCAACUGUGGCCACAGCAAAGGAUUCCAGCAAUGCAAAAUCAGACCAAAAUGGAUGGCAGCAUGCAACAAUUCUCAAAUAGCCCAUUGUUCUCCAAACAGACCAUGAGGUCAAAUUUGCAACCAUUUCCUCAUCAAACCAUUGCACCACCAAACCAGAUAGCACCGGGAGGACAGAUGAGGCCACUACAACAACUGAACCCAGCUCAGUCUGGACAAAGCUUGGUUUCCAUGAGUGGUCCGUCACCAAGGCAUAAUCAACCCAGGCUAUCCUCAGCAGCUAUGGCUGGCAUGAAAUCUGUACCACAAGGAAUCACCAAUUUGAGCCAGACCCAUCCUGUGCCAGGUCUUGCUCCAACCAGCUACCCUUCCACCGGCCAGUCAUCUGGAUCCUUCAACCGUAUGAACCCCACCACCGAGGUAUCUUCCUUUGACUUUCUUCAGCACAAUAACAGCAAUACCUUGGGUGGAGCUCGGAGUGAAUCUGACUUCAUUGAGUCUAUUAUGAAGAGCAGUAGUAGUAAUGAUGACUGGAUAAAUGACUUAACUCUCGACGACUUUCUGGGGCAGCAUUAAAGUCUGGCUGAUGGGUAUAAUUAUCUGACCUCCAGGCUGUUGUACAUAGAAAGCGCCCAUCUGCACAUCGUGGCAUUGGACUAAAGACUUUUGAGCAUGUGUGUAGGUGUGGACACUGUAACUUUCCAGAUACUAGCAGGUGUAAGUCACUGGAUAUACCUAGUGUACUGCCUGCAACACUGAGUUUUAAAGUGGCAAUACAUAAAUUAAUGUAUUUGUUCAAAAUAUUCUGUAAAUUAUGUUUUCCUAAUAAAUAUUGUACGUCAGGAAGGAGUAAUUAUACUUUGUUGGAUCAUUUGUCAAUAAAAUGCAGUAUAGGCAAAA